AUGGAAGUCGAGCAAUCGUGCUCGAAAGUCGGACCAAUAACCAGACAGCAAGCUUUGCGUCUCGUCAUUGGCAUGGGCUAUGACCCAGAAGCUGCUCUUGUCAAAUGGCAACAAGUGGUAUCUUGGAGGAGAGAACAUCAAAUGGAUGCUCUUCGGGCACGUCUGAAUGGUGUAAUGUGCGGCCAAGACCCGGUACGUUUUUCUCACGAAGCAGACGUGUACAGCAAGCUGUUUCGUGGUUGCCCAUGUGCCCUGUUGUGUGCAGACGGCCGCCCUGUGUCGGUGUGGCACGCUGGCGCCGCCGACACAUCCAAUGUAGGCACUCUGCCUCUGGAGUACUGCCGGACGUGGAGUCAGGAAGUUUUUGAGUAUGCUGAUCUGUGGAUCACCAAGGAUACAGAGAGGACCAGUUGCCUGACUGGGUAUAUUCAGGUCUACAACAUGCAAGGCCUCAGCCUUCGACAAGUGACCUCCAUGGAGGUGAAAGACAGGCUGAAGGCAGCUUUGUCUGCUGGCGGCUUCUAUGUUGAGGCAAUAGCGCACAUCUAUGUGGUGAAUGCUUCGCGCCUUUUCUCAAUGGCUUGGAAGCUCGUGCGAGGAUUCCUUUCACCUUGGACGGCUUCAAAAAUCACAGUUUCCAGCACAGUCCCAGACGAACUGAUUGCUGAUUUAGGAGGGCCCACCUCGCAGCAGGCAGAGGACCUGCGGAGACUGCUGGCAGCAGCGAGUCAGUCGGCUAGUCUGAAUCCUUGCUUGGCACCCGUGCGCCGGCCACAGCUGCCUAAGCAGACUUCCCCGAGAAGGGUAUCUGAGGAAAGUGCUAGCACUGCAGGGUCUAACUCCAUGCCUGCGAGCACGAGAUGUUCCUUUGAGCCCACUGCUGAAGCCAUCCUGCAUUCCAGUGAGGAGGCCCUGGAACCAAUUCCAGAUAUUCCAGGGGCUUUGCACGUCGCUGGGUUCUUUUUGCGGCCAGACCAGCUUCCGCCUGGCUUGGAGGAUAGAGAUCUGGACGAGCUAGUUGAGGAUGUACACAAGUCAUGCUCGAAGGUUGCUUCUCUCUCCAAGCAGCAAGCAUUAAGGCUUGUCCUUGGGAUGGGCUACAAUCCGCAUGCAGCGCUCAUGAAAUGGCAGGAGGUUGUGGAGUGGCGCAGGGCCAACUCCAUGGACCAGGUCAGGAAGGAUCAGGCAGAAAAGAUGCGCAGCAGAAGCCAGGUGACAUUCCCAUAUCAGGAAGAAGUGUCUGCCAAGCUUGUCCGUGUCAGCCCCUGCGCGCUUUUGGCUGCGAAUGGCACGCCUGUGUCAAUUUGGCAUGCUGGAACGCUGAACGUAAAUGAAGCAGCUUCUUUGCCAUCCGAACAUGUGGCGCAGUGGAGUCGCGCAGUCUUCGAAUACAAAGACCUGUGGAUCACUGCUCAUAGCGAGAGGCAUAAGAGACUGCUGGGCUAUGUCCAGGUGUAUGACAUGCAAGGCAUGAGUUGGCGACAUUACUCCUCCAGGGAGAUUGCAGAUAAACUGAAGACUGCCUUGCAGUCCGGAAGCUUCUAUGUUGAGGCAGUCAGCCACAUGUACGUCAUCAACGCCUCCAGACUAUUUUCUAUGGUGUGGAAGGUGGUGCGGAACUUGGUUUCGCCUUGGACUGCCUCGAAGAUUUCCGUUUCGAGCGGAAUUCCAGAAGAUCUCAUUCACACAUUAGGUGGUCCCACAUCGCCGGUGGCGAUCCAUUUUCAGAAUCUGAUGGCGAGGAGUCCGGAAGAGGCCGCAAGCCUCACAGUUCUGCGGCCUCCGCGGCAGGCCACAGAGCCAACAUCACCAAUGUCUCCUCUGAACUGCUCUGUGGCUGUAGAAGUUGGCUCGCUGCAGUCUGGGUGCACAGGUGCGGAGAAGACUGCACCUGAGAUCGAGACGGACAUGAGCUCUGCUAACUUGGACGCGGAGAUAGAGCCAGUUUCUCCAGGAACGCAUUACGUCGCGGGCUAUUUCUUGGAGAGAAAGCAACUGCCGCCUGGGUGGGAGGGCCACGACUUGGAUGCCUUGGUAGCAGAAAUUCAGGGGACAUGCUCGCACAUAUCACCUUUGAGUAAGCAGCAAGCACUUCGCCUGAUGCUUGGCAUGGGCUACGACCAAGUGGCAGCGGUGUCCAAGUGGCGAGAGAUUUCUGCAUGGCGUGAUGCGAACAGACUGGACGAAGUCAGGGAGCAGCAGGCGGCAAUGAUGAGAGACCAAGGGCCGGUAUGUUUCCCUAAUGAACAGGAUGUUUACCAAAAACUGCUGAAGGUUCGCCCUUGUGCGCUAAUGGCCGCUAACGGUGCUCCAGUGUCAGUGUGGCAUGCACAAACUUUGAAUGCCAGCUCAAUGGCUGAGCUCUCUGCAAGUGAAAUUAUGGCCUGGAGUCACGCUGUCUUCGAGUACCAAGACUUGUGGAUUUCACGCCAGACCGAAGAGCGAAAGCGAUUGAUUGGCUAUAUCCAAGUUUAUGACAUGCAGGGGGUCGGACUUCGACACUUGACCACGAGAGAUAUUGGCGAAAGGUUGAAGUGCUGCUUGCAACCGGGCGCCUUCUACAUGGAAGCUGUGUCGCAUAUGUACGUCGUGAAUGCUUCUGCCUUGUUUUCCAUGGCCUGGAAGGUGAUUCGCAACUUGAUCUCUCCAUGGACGGCCUCCAAGGUCACAGUCUCCGACUCCAUCCCAGAGGUGACUUGCAUUAGAAGUCUUGCAAGUGUCACUUGA